CACCCACUAUCCUUCAUCCCCUCCUCCACUAACCUCCCUACCCCGUCAAUUGGACUGCUUCUACUCGGAAUCCGGUCCAUUGACGUCGGAGAUCCCUUUCCACCUACCCACUCACCCCCUGUCCGCCUAAGCAACAUGGCGCCCCGAAUACAGAACUCUGUCGUCUCCAACUCUCUCCUUCCUUACCUUUCCACAUCUUCUACCUCAUCCUCUUCUACAUGUCUUCCCAGGCUAGCUACCACAUGCCCUUCAUCACAUGAGUCAUGGCGUUCGUGUCGGUCAUUUUCGUCCACGCCCGCCCCCCAAACCAGACGUCGCCGCGAGAUGUUCGCGUGGCUCAAUACCGAGGCAGCCAUGUUGAAAUCCCACACUCCAGGCACAACAAACUACCUCAUGCGGACCAAUCCCAAACUCAAGGAGUUGUCGAUUGCUGAAACCAGAAUUUUUCCGGCAAACCCUGCCUACCGCUCCGAGAGCAUUCUCAGUGAGGAGCUGCGGACAGAGAUCUACAACCGGGUAGUAAAACAGAAGAAGAGUGUGCGUGCGGUUAGUGUCGAGCUGAAGGUUGACAUGAGGAGAGUCGCUGCCGUAGUCCGGCUGGUCGAGUUAGAAAAGCGGAUGGAAAAACAGGGUAAAUCCUUGGCUUUGCCUUACGCUCGUGCAAUCCAUGAAAUGGUACCCGUAACGCCUCUAGACCAUCCCCAUGAAGAAAUUAACGACCUCCCCGUCCACCGCCUCACCAACCCUCAAAUCUUCUAUCCCGUCUCUGAGUCCCGCCAAUUCAACCGUGUUGAUGCUGGCCGUGUCUUCUCCGCUGCUCCGGCUUUAGAACAUGAGCAGGUUGCUAAGGAUGCUGCCAAUCCCUCCGAGGCCAUUAGCCGGGUUACACAGAACCCAUCGCACAUUGAGCUUGUCGGCAAAGGCGAUGAAGAGCAUCAGGUCCUCCAGCCGGCGGACGUGCGUAUUCCGCACCCCCACAUGGUCACAAGUACCCGUGACAUCAAAAGGGUGCCGAAUGAGGGUGCCAAACACGCUGAGCUCUACCAGGCUCGCCUCAACCAGCAAGAUGCUGCUGAUCAGGAGCGCAAGCGUCUCGCCCAGGAGCGUAAGGAGAAGCAAACGCAGCGUGUGCAGCCCGAGGAUUCUCGCUUCGAGUUCCGUAUCAACGACGUUGUCGUCAGCCAGGAAACCACCGGCAAGGAUGGCCGCAACGCUCGGGCUCCUGGUCGCAGAUACGGUGUUCCCAGCUACGACCGGAAGAAGGGUCAAGUCAAGAUCCCCACCCGUGUGGAGGUUUAAAGAUGGCAAUCUUGACCUCUUCCGUCUUCGUCAAAUCAUGUUUUAUUUUUACCAAAUGACAUGAGAAAUCCUUGUAUAGCCCGUCCGUCUCGCAGUGCGGCAUGGUCGGUGGAUGUAUUUGUAUGCCCUCUUGGUUGCCUUGUUUUUCAGCUGUACGAUACAGUCUUUUCGACUUGUUUGAUCGAUGGAUAUUCUUUUUCGAGGAGCUUGUUUGGUUACUACCCCACCCAUUAUUUUUUUCAUUUCCUUCUUUGAAGCCACGAAUAUGUAUCUAUAGCCUUUCACUAUUAUUUAUCACCUACCUACCUCUUCGAACCUGAUACUUCAAUACUACAUACAUAAAGACUUUAACUACUAUAUCUCUCUACUGUCUGUCAGUUUCACACUAUAC